AUGGCAUUCUUGCAAUACUGUGAUACAAUCUUUUCCCUUACCUGCUUAAUUUCCCUUUUCGUUUACUAUAUACUUAGAUCACGGAGAUCAUCAAUGCCCACCAAUUGGCCUCUAUUAGGUAUGACCCCUGCCUUGUUAUGGAAUUCCCAUCGUUUCAAUGAUUAUAUCACUAGUAUUUUGAAACAAAAUGGAAGUACCUUCAUAUGCAAAGGCCCUUGGUUUGUCAAUAUGGACAUCCUCUUCACCAGUGAUCCAGCCAACUAUCUUUAUAUAUCAACCACCAACUUCCAUAAUUACCCAAAAGGUCCAGAGUUUAGAGAGACAUUCGAUAUCCUUGGCGAUGGUAUUUUCGGUUGUGAUUCCAAGAUGUGGGAAUUGCACCGUAAAACAACCAUGUCACUCUUCAAUCGUCCGGAUUUCUUGAACAUGGUGGAGCAAACCACUUGGAACCACAUGGAGGAAAAGCUUUUGCCGGUUCUUGAAGUCAUGUCAGAACGAAGAUCCAAGAUGGAUUUGCAAGAUAUCUUCCAAAGGCUCACUUUUGAUAGCAUUUUCAGUUUGGUUGUGGACUAUGAUCCCAAAACCUUGUCUGUUGAUCUUCCGCACAAUAAAUUUGAAGUUGCUUUCACUAAAUCUGAAGAAGCCCUCUUCGUUCGAAGUGUUGUUCCAAAAUGCUGUUGGAAGCUGCUCAAGAGAUUUCAAUUGGGUAAUGAGAAACAUCUUAGUGAUGCUUUAAAGCUAAGUGAUGAGAUUAUUUACAAGCUUCUAAAUGAAAAAAAGGAAAGGCAAAUUGAGGCUUAUGACAUAGAAAGAGAACAACAGGAGGACUUAAGGUUAUUAACAGGAUUUAUGAGGGAAUAUAAUGACCAAACUGGUAGCUUUGAUGACCAUGACAAAUUCAUCAAAGACACCAUAUUAAGUCUUGUGUUUGCUGGGAGAGAUUCCACCAGCGCAACUCUUACUUGGUUCUUUUAUCUCCUUGCGAAAAACCCUAUAGCGAACGGUAAGAUAUGUGAAGAGAUUCACACAAAAUUAGGGAUCAAAAAGGGUGAGAAAUGGAGAAAAAUUGGUUUAGAAGAGUUGCAAAAGUUGGCUUAUCUUCAAGGAGCAUUAUGUGAAGCAUUAAGGCUAUUUCCUGCGGUUCCUGUAAACCCGAAAGCUCCGGUUGAUUUAGACACCCUGCCAAGUGGUCAUCAAGUUGAUAAAAACACCAAAAUAUUUCUACACUCAUAUGCAAUGGGACGAAUGGAGAUGAUAUGGGGACAAGACUGUUUGGAAUUCAAGCCAGAAAGAUGGCUGUCAGAGCAAGGAGGGAUCAAACACGUACCCUCUCACAAGUUUACAACGUUUCACACAGGGCCAAGAACUUGCAUUGGUAAGAAAUUCGCAUUAACUCAAAUGAAAAUAGUAGCAGCUACAGUUAUAUACAAUUAUGAUGUGGAAGUGGUGGAUGGUCACCCAAUCAUGCAAAAUCCGUCAGUCAUCCUCCAAAUGAAGUAUGGUUUGAUGGUCAAGUUAACAAAGAAGUAUGCAGCAUGA